AUGGCCAGUUCCAAAAUAGAGAUAGAGGCAGUUCGUGCAUCGAUCAAAAACACAGUGGAGAGGUUGGGAGACGCGCUGCGGACCAUCAAUCAUGAGAAGAUGACGUUUCCUUCACCUCCGCAGAUCUGGUCGAACCCCGAGCUAGCCUACGAAGAAUUCAAAGCCCAUGACGCCCUCUGCGGUUUCCUCGAGAAGGAGGGAUUCCGAGUAACUCGGCAUGCAUAUGGAUUGAAUACUUCUUUUGAAGCUGUGAGCGGAUCUGGGGGCCGCUUGAUCAAUUUUAACGCGGAAUACGAUGCUCUGCCGGGGAUUGGCCAUGCAUGCGGACACAACUUGAUCGCUACUAGCAGCCUCGUGGGGUUCCUCGCAUUAUCAUUUGCGUUAGCCGAGUUCGGUCUGCCCGGACGAGUGCAGCUACUUGGUACCCCUGCCGAAGAGAACGGGGGUGGCAAAGCGAAGCUCAUCGAUGCCGGGGCUUAUGACGGGGUGGACAUCUCUUUAAUGGCGCACGCAGGACCUGAAAAAAUGUUCCCUGAUUUGGGACCAGCCACGGGUAUCGCGGGAGCGUUAAUGAACGCAAGGAAGAACAUUCGGUGCGUAUUCAGCGGGAAGAGUGCCCACGCUGGCGGGAAUCCCUGGGAGGGAAUCAAUGCUUUGGAUGCCUUGGUUUGCUCUUACAAUAAUGUGUCUGUGCUCCGUCAGCAGCUGUUGCCCGAGCAAAGAAUACACUGUGCUUUCAUAGACACGCCGAAGGUUGCCAACAUCAUCCCCGAUCAUACCACGGCGUUUUGGCAGGUCCGAAGUCCAACGCUCCAGGGCCUCAAUGUUCUUCUUGGCAAGGUUCGCAACUGCAUUGAAGCGGGGGCUUUGGCCACACAAUGCCAGGUGGAGAUUGAAGAGGAAGAGCUCUAUACGGACGUGCGGCUGAAUGACACACUCUGCGACCGAUAUCGAGUCCAUAUGGGCGGAUAUGGCCGAGAAGUGCUGAAACGCCACGACACAGUUCUCACCGGAUCUUCUGAUAUUGGAAACGUCAGUUACGUGACGCCCACGUUACAUGCGAUGUUUGGGAUUCCUACACCAAACAACAGUUACCCCCAUAAUCCAGUAUUUGCGGCUUCUGCAGGGACAGACGAAGCUCAUCAGGAGGCCGUGACCGUUGGCAAAUCUCUCGCGUUGAUCGGAUGGGAGAUGCUGACGGAUAAUGACAUCACCUGUCGCCGACGCAAGGUGAAAUGCGGCGAGGAGCGCCCCAUCUGCAAUCGCUGCGCAAAUCUUCGUCUGGACUGUGAAUGGGGAGUCCCGGUGGCGAGAGGCCACAGUUCGCGGGUCCGGCACCUAAAGCCCGCCCCGACGACCCGCCAUCAUGAUGAUAUCGAGCCUGUAUCCGAAGUCUCAGAAGGCGAUGCAAUGGACCUCUCUCCAACUGCGCUUAUUCCGGGCCUCUCACCGGUCUCCUGGACUGGUGACGGGUUUCAUUUGGAGACCUCGCAAGCAGCGGCCUUUUACCCUCCCUUCCCGUCUGCCGCGUUCACAAUGCGAAUGUCCACGCCCCUUUGUGCCCCCAUGAGCACGUCAGGACUCGCAUGCGCUAAUUCCCUGGUCCUCAACAAGCAUGACCGGAAAUAUUUUGAGUACUUUCCAUCUUCAUCAACCGUCUACUACUAUAUGAAGGGCUGGCACUGGAGUAGCUUCUCUUAUCUUUACCAAGGCCCCGCGACAACCAACAAAGUCAUAAUGCGAAUGAUCCUUGCGCUUUCUGCGAGUGAUAUGCAUCGCCAGGGACUGGUAGCGCCGUCCCUUGGUCAUUCAACGGCGGAUGAUCACGGUCGAUAUCAUUACAGCCAAGCCGUCAAGGAGUUUCGGCAACUCCUCGAGACCCCUCGGCGACAGGUCUCUGUGGAUGAGUUGGAAACGAUAUUUGCUACAAUAUUCUUAAUGGUCACCUACGAAUGGCAGUUCGGUACCUCGGUGCGCCAUCUCCAGCUUCAUCUGCACGGAGUACGAUCCUUGCUAGAGUCACAUCCCCAGUUAUUCCGUCUGAAGGAUGUGAACGACGUCUUCCUUGCUCCCGAGAACGAGGAGCUCCUUCCCGAGGAUAGAGUGUCAUCUAAAGUAUCCUUUAUUUCUGAACAAUUCUUGCUAUGGAUGCUAUAUAUCGAUGCCAGUUUUCGACCUAUGGGACUCACAGAGUCACUAUAUGAUUACGUCCUGCAGUCCAAAAACCCGGCGCUACACCCGGAUCAUCUUCACCGGUGCGCUCGACUCUGGGGCCGGUGUUACUGGGCGGAGCAGUAUCCGGAUCAGGAGGUCUUGGAUGACAUUGAAAAUUACCGAGCGCUCGAGCUGUUACACGCAGGAUUUUGCAUGCGGCAUCGCAUAUGGAAGGUGUUAAUCAAUUCAGAAGUUGAAGGGGAUUCCUCAGAGUCCCUCUCGCGGGAGAUGGUCUCGAUUCGUGAUAAAUAUUCCGAUCUCUUCAUCACCGCGAAAUUAUCCGGGGCAAUCUCCAGUCGUCGCACCCUGAACACCGUCUAUAUGGCUGUGUGUCAAUUAUAUGCGCAGAUCGUCUUUCACCGGCGGGUGCUGCGUGCACAUGUGCCCCCAACAGCGGUUCAUCGGCAAGCCGUCGUGGGGAUAAUCGAACUUGUGCAGAAGCAGCAUUCGUCCGAUCCGCGCCUUCUACGGCGGCUAUACUGGCCGAUUCUGAUGGCUCUCAUCGAGACGAAUGACGUGAUCCACCAGGCGUGGCUCCGAGAGCGCCUCUUUGACUGUCGCGACUUCAACUCGGAGUGCCGAUGGGCCAACGAGGUGGCCGACCAAGUACUCGUCUUGCAAGACGCGGGCCAGGGCUGUUACGCCGACCUGGCCGAACUCCUCCUCCAACGGUUCCACGUGCUAUGA